AUGGCAUGUCUCUUCAUUGUGACGUCCCCGGCUGCCCGGAAAGCCCGGAGCUCCGACCACCCUGCGCGGCUGGGACUCUGGCCCCGCGCGCCCGCCCAGGCCCCCGGCGGCGCUACGCGGUUCCCAGAGGACAGAGCCCACGCUCCGGGGACUCGAAGCGGCGGGGCGGAGCGGAGGGGCGCCGGGCGGGCGCACCGGGGGCACUGGACCGGAGCUGCGGGCGCGGGGCGGCGGCCCGGGCGGGCGGGCGACAUGCAGCAGGACAGCGGCCAGGCUGCGGCUCCUGCAAAACCCCUUCUCCCACCUCCAGAUGAGACAGGUGGCCUGCCCCCAGGAUGUUCUGUGAUCCGCACCCACUGCUGGGAUCCCUCGUCUCUGCCCAUGCAGUGCGUUGUGCUGGCCAACCGGGGUAACCCAAAGGAACAGGACACAGCGGAGCCAAAGAAAAGGAAAGGGGGCUGGCCCAAAGGCAAGAAAAGGAAACCCGCAAGGGAUAUUUCUGUUCCCCGUGCUCCUGUGACAGGGUACGUGAUCUUCCUAAAUGAGCAGAGGAGUCAGCUAAGGGCCAAGCAUCCAGAUCUGCCUUUUACAGAAAUCACAAAGAUGUUGGCGGCUCAGUGGGCUCAGCUGUCUCAAGAGAAAAAGCAAAGGUAUGUUUAUGAGGCAGAUGAAGACAAGCAACGCUACAUACGUGAGCUGCAGGCCUACCAGAGCUCCCAGGCGUGCAGAGCCUUCCUGCGGAGGCAAGCGGCCCAAGAGGCGCAGGCACUGUUGGAACCAGGCACACCAGGAAACAGAUUGGAGAGGGAGGACCUUCCAUUCUCACCACUUAAUGGGGAUGAAAGCAAUGACCUGUACUGUAGGACCUGCAGGCAGUUCUUCAGCUCCCUGCAUAACAAGAAGGAACACCUGCUGGGAAAACAGCACCUGCAGAACCUCGCAGGGAAAUUCGAAAAAGAUUCCACAGAGUACUUAAAGCACAUGGAACUGCCAGAGCAAAAAGAAGGUCAGAAUUUGCACAAAGGGGACUUGGAGGAGGAAGCCGUGUGCCCUGAUCCACUUCUGCUGGGAGGCCUGAUUCCAGGGAAGCUUUUUGCCUCAUUUGACUUGUGUUUCUUGCAAGAGUUUAUCUUUAAACUUCUGAAAAUCAAGGAAUUUGAGCUCAGAGAGCUGAGGAGGACUCUGGAAAGAGCCCGAGUAGAGCAGGACGCCCUGCAGAGACAGCUGGCUGAGUUCCAGAGCCAGCAGCAGAGGCUGGAGGUGGAGCUGGCAGGCCUGAAGACCUACGGGGUCAUCCUGGAGAAGGAGUUUGAGAACCUGAACACGGUGCUGAUGCUGUCCCACUGUGGCCUGCAAGUGAUGGACACGGCUUGAAGCAGUGCCUCACCCCUGCACCAGCAGCCUGGACCUCUCCCAGCAGCUCCGAGGCCAGCUUCCACAGAGGCACCUCUCUCUAUGGAGGAAGG